AAUAUGAAAAAAACUUUAUCGGUUUAUUAUGUAUCAGUGUCGAGGUAAUGAUUUAAUGGACAGCAAGACGGAAAAUUUAUCGAUGUAUUUUUCGUAUCGGUCAUUCGACGAUUAUUUUUUCCUCGAAGAUGUGAUUGGAAAAUAAUUAGAUGGAUUCUGUAUAUAAGCUAAGGUAUCGACUAUCAAACACCAGUUUCAGAUUAAAAAUCUUUAAUCAUGCAUCGAUUCGCGGUUGUUUUGGUUUUCGCAGCAGUUAUUGUCACAGAAGCGGCAGUAACACCUGAAGAUCUCGUCAAAUUUGGAAGAGCUCGCAGGGAUUGUGACCGGAGCGCUCCUGUGGACAGUAGUAUCAUUGAUCGCGUGAUUAGUGGUGAAAUGAUUAACGACCGUCAAUUCUUUUGCCACGCCGCCUGUAUUGUCAAGGAACUUGGUCUGGUGAAUGCAGAUGGCUCUUUGAUGAUUGAUAAGGCCGUAAGUAAAAUUCCUGAAGGCUUACCAAAUCGUGAUGCCAUAGUCAAUGCUGCAAAUGAAUGUGGAACUAAAAUGGCUGCUGAUCCAUGUGAUACAGCCCAAAUGAUAUUUAAUUGUUUCCACGAAAAAAAUGUUCCAAGUCUCCUAAUGGGAUAAAUGUUUAGAAGAGUCAAUAUUGCUUCGGAAAAAGAAUUUUGCAUAUUCUGGUAAUUGAUUCAUGGAAUAUCAGCGGUUAAGGUGAUUCUUAAAUGAAUAAACGAGAAAACAGUCAUUUGAAAAUUUCUUUCAAAUAAUAAUAUUGUUGGCUUUGAAAUUAAAAGAUAAAUCUAUUGUCUUGAUUAAUAAAUAAUGUCUUAAAAACAUAAUUUUUAUAUUUCUGACUUAAAAUUAUUAAAUCGCUACUUCCAACUUACUCAUAUUUAUUUCAUCAUAAUGCGAAGUAGAGAGUGCUUUACGGUAGAAAAAAUUUUUCAUCAUAUUUUUAACCAGAAAUUAAAAUUUUGUGCCAUUUUUUUUGUGGGAAGGUUAGUGCAAAUAUCACGCAGUUCAUAUGGUUGUAU